UCCCCGGGCGCCCCGUCCUGCCCCAGCCACCGGCCCCGCGCCGCGUCCCGCCCGCCGGAGGAGGAGCCGCCCCGCGGAAGGGCGGAUUUGCUGCCUUCCGUCGCUCCCCCUUCGCCGCCACCGCACGCGUGACGCCUUUGUGAGGCUCCGGGCCCUCGGCUGGGCCCGCUCCGCCGCCCGGGGCCAUGGCCGAGCAGACGGGCCUGGCGCUGCCGCAGACCAUGGACAGGAGCUGCUGGGUUUGUUUUGCUACCGACGAGGACGAUCGGACAGCGGAGUGGGUGAGACCCUGCAGGUGCAGGGGCUCCACGAAAUGGGUUCACCAGACGUGUCUGCAGCGCUGGGUGGAUGAGAAGCAAAGAGGAAACAGUACUGCUAGAGUUGCUUGUCCUCAGUGCAAUGCAGAAUAUUUAAUAGUAUUUCCAAAGCUAGGUCCAGUUGUUUACGUUUUGGAUCUUGCAGAUCGACUGAUCUCAAAGGCAUGUCCCUUUGCUGCAGCUGGAAUAAUGGUGGGCUCUAUAUACUGGACAGCUGUUACGUACGGAGCUGUGACGGUGAUGCAGGUUGUGGGUCACAAAGAAGGUCUUGAUGUGAUGGAGAGAGCUGAUCCUUUAUUUCUUCUGAUUGGCCUUCCCACCAUCCCAGUCAUGCUGAUAUUGGGCAAGAUGAUCCGCUGGGAGGACUAUGUGCUCAGACUGUGGCGCAAAUACUCUAAUAAGCUACAAAUUUUGAACAGCAUAUUUCCAGGCAUUGGAUGUCCUGUUCCUCGAAUUCCAGCAGAGGCGAACCCUUUGGCAGACCAUGUCUCUGCUACACGUAUUCUCUGUGGAGCUCUAGUUUUCCCUACUAUUGCCACGAUAGUUGGCAAGCUGAUGUUCAGCAGUGUUAACUCAAAUUUACAAAGGACAAUCUUGGGUGGAAUUGCUUUUGUUGCUAUAAAAGGAGCUUUUAAGGUUUACUUCAAGCAGCAGCAAUAUUUGCGCCAAGCUCACCGCAAAAUUUUAAAUUAUCCUGAGCAAGAAGGAGCGUAAGGCUGUGACCUCCAGAUGUCAUACAGUCUCACCUAACAGGUUUCCAUGUUGUAUUGGUUCCUUUGUUAUUGCACAGUAGUGGAAAAUUGUGAUAAAUUGCUGCUCCUCUUUUUUUUUUUUUCUUUAAAUACAAUAAAGCACUGUCUUGUGGCAGGGUAAAUCCUUUCAGCAACCACUGAACCUAAGAAUGUGACUUGGCUUUCAUUAUUUUGGAGUAUUUCUGUAGGGCAACAGGCUUCUAAAUUAUUUUCUUUGAGCCAAUAUACUGAAUGGAAAAAAAAAAAAGCAUUAACUACAGAACAUUUUAAAUGUUGUUAAUGUAGGCUAUAUCCAAAUGCCUUUUCCAUAGGUGUUGUCAUACCCACGCUGUCAUCCAGUUCAGCAUUUCACACAAUGAAGGGAAAUUGUUUUAGAAAGGAAGUGUGAGUCAUUGCCAAGGAGAAAUAAUUGUAGGACAUCAGUCAGUAAAGAUUUCCUUGGGUUUUGCUGGUAUCAAACCGGGAGUGUGAAAUACUCAAAUGACAGAGAAAGCAGAAGAUAGAUCUCCCUCUACAGGACUUGUAUGUCAGCUUGAACCACCUAAGUACUAGGUGUUAAAAUUAGCAUGCCUUUCAGGUGACUGUUUUAUUACUGAUAAUUUUCAGUGUCCUGUUGUAUCUUCUGCAGUGCCUGGUGUCAUUUUCUCAUGGCUUUACUGGUUUGUAACUGGUGCUGGAUAGCAUUUUUUUCCUCCACAGUAAAAUAAUAAUAAUGGGGGAAGUAAACUGCAGUUGCUUAGUUUGUAGUUAAAUUAGAACACUUGUUUAGUUUCCAUGUCCUUUUGAUUGUGUAAAUAUCCAUACAAGUACCAAGAGCAGUAGAAAUGUGAGGAAAAAACAUUGAACACUAAAGCUACAUUUUAACUGACAGAGCAGAGCAUCCUUCUAAAUUUCCAGACCUGAGUGUGUGACUCAGCUCUGUUCAGGACUGGGCUCUCCUGCCCUAGAGGAAGGGCUGGCUGGAAGGGUGUGACACUACACGUAGAGUACCUGAUCUGAGCAUCAUGCUGGCAGGGUAGAUGCUCUUAAGGUAACUUGGCUCCAUUUUGUAAAGGACUAAAGGAUAAAUCUUAAAUGUGUAAUGAAGUUUAUUUAUACAGUAAGCUUUACUGUUCCAAUAUGUCUAAGGUAGUCAGCUGAGAGAGACAUUAGCACUUCAGUUAUUUGAUGUGUUUAUAAACUCAAUUUCAACAGAAAUUGUUUUGUGAAGUUAAAUUUUGACAAACAUAAUACAGCCAUUUAAUAUUCAUACCAGACCUAAUCUAAAUUUAGUACUUCAUGUUCUUUCCUAACAACAGUUUGUUUGUUUUUCUCCCAGUUUUUCUUUUCCUUGUUCAUAUUAGUAUGUCAAAUGCAUGGAGAAGGGUUUAAAAAAAUCUUCUAGUGAAUUUAUUCAUAAAUAAAUAUUUCUUUUCACCAGAAAUGGAGUAAAUGCAGAAUUGACUUCAUAUUUGACUGCAAUAAUGUAUGUUAAGAGAAAUUCAAAAUAAGGUACCUUUUCUAUAGUAUGUUUAUCUUAAUUACCAAGAUGUAAUAUUUUAGAAUUGUACAAAAGUGUAUAUAAAGGCCAAUUAGUAUUCAAAAACUAUACAGGUAUUGAGAAUUAUACAUUCAAUCAAUAUCAAAUACAGUUGAGUUUCUUGCAGUAAUGGAAGAAUUACUAUAAUCUUGUAAGUCUGCUGAUUAUAUUUGUCUUAGUGGGCUCACUUUUAUAUAAAACUCUAAAUUGAGUAGCGGCCUCUGAAAGUUGCUGCUUUCUGUAAGAUAGUCUUGAAACAAUAUUAUAUGUAUUUCUUACAGAAUUCCUUGUUUCAAGAAAACAGCUUUUCAGUGGUCUUCACUGUAUAUAUUUCCAAACAAUUUAUUACUGUUUUUUAAAAGUUUGAAGAAUUGAAUGAUGCAAAUUAGCGGGUUUGAAACUUGUUCCAUGGGAAAGCUCAUUGUCUCUGGAAGUUAAAGCUAUUGUAAAAAUACAAUUAUAAAAAUACUGUAUGGACUGUAAGAUGAUUUCACAUGAGCGGUAGAAGGUCAUUACUCUGUAAAUCUUGUUUUUAAGUAUUGAAAAUUAUAGUUAUGUUGAAUUAGGUUGAAUAAAUAUUUUUUACACUC